CUUAGGGAAGAACCUCAGAGAGAGGGAGGGAAGGAGAGGACGGGUAGCGUGUGUGCAUGUGUGUGAGAGACACUUAUUCUCUUAACUACUAGGAGACAGACACACUUUCCUGGCCCGACUCAAAGAAGGGGGGAAAACAGGAGGAAGAUCUUUUUUUUUUCCUCUCAAUAUCAUUUUUAAUCUUCAACCCUCAUUCAACAAUCAAGCUGCCCUAAAGCUUCUCUUCCUGGAAACUCUUCUUCUUCUUCACUGCCUGCUGGAAGUUCUAUGUAUUGAUCCGGGGUUUUUUACCCUCUCUCUCACUCACACACACACACACACACACACACACACACACACACACACACACACUACAAGGCUUACCUCAUGGAUUUGUAUCUGACUGGAUAUUUGAUGUGUGUGUGGUUGUCCAGCUCGCGGGUGCUUGGAGGCUAUCCCAUCUGGUGGUCCCUGGCCCUCGGGCAGCAGUACUCGUCUCUGGGCUCCCAACCCAUCCUGUGCGGCUCCAUCCCCGGCCUGGUGCCCAAGCAGCUGCGCUUCUGUCGCAACUACAUAGAGAUCAUGCCCAGCGUCGCGGAGGGGGUCAAGCUGGGGAUCCAGGAGUGCCAGCACCAGUUCAGGGGCCGACGGUGGAACUGCACCACCAUCAAGGACAACUUGGCCAUUUUCGGCCCUGUGCUCGAUAAAGCAACCAGAGAGUCGGCGUUCGUCCACGCCAUCGCUUCAGCGGGCGUGGCAUUCGCAGUGACGCGCUCCUGCGCCGAGGGCACGUCCACCAUGUGCGGCUGCGAUUCUCACCACAAGGGCCCCCCCGGGGAGGGCUGGAAGUGGGGCGGCUGCAGCGAGGACGCAGAGUUCGGGGUGCUGGUGUCCAGGGAGUUUGCCGACGCCAGGGAGAAUCGUCCGGACGCCCGCUCGGCGAUGAACCGACACAACAACGAGGCGGGACGCUCGACCAUCCUCGAUCACAUGCACUUGCGCUGUAAGUGCCACGGCCUGUCGGGGAGCUGCGAGGUGAAGACGUGCUGGUGGGCGCAGCCGGACUUCCGCAUGCUGGGCGACUACCUGAAGGACAAGUACGACAGCGCCUCCGAGAUGGUGGUGGAGAAGCACCGCGAGUCCCGCGGCUGGGUGGAGACACUGCGCGUAAAGUACAACUUCUUCAAGCACCCCACCGAGCGUGACCUGGUCUACUACGAGGGCUCGCCCAACUUCUGCGAGCCCAACCCGGAGACCGGCUCCUUCGGGACGCGCGACCGGGCCUGCAACGUGUCGUCGCACGGCAUCGAGGGCUGCGACCUGCUGUGCUGCGGCCGCGGCCACAACACCCGGACUGAGAAGCGCAAGGAGAAGUGCCACUGCAUCUUCCACUGGUGCUGCUACGUCAGCUGUCAGGAGUGCGUGCGCGUCUACGACGUCCACACGUGCAAGUGAGAGAGCGAGAGAGAGAGAGAGAGAGAGAGAGAGAGAGAGAGGCCCUGUGCUUUCGGACUGCUGGACUACAAGUCCUGCCCUUCAAGCCCCCACCUCCUGCACGACUUCCCCGCUUCCAAACACUAAAACAUUCAUUGGCUCACUCACUCACUCAGGCCCUAAUGGCACAUCAUCGAUGGAUACUUUCUUCUUAUUUUUGUGUAAAAACCCUAGAAUCUGUCUUCCAAACCACUUCAUUUCCAUAUCUGACACGCUUGUGAUGACCUGACUGAGCUCUAGGCCACUCUCAUGGGAAGAAGCUCGAGUUGUGCUGUGCCCCCCCCCUCCCCCUUGCAGCAUUGGACCCCCCUUCCUUAUUUAUUUCCCCCUCCAUGCCAGCACAAUGUUUGUGUUGCAUGUACAGUAACACUUUUAUACCUGUUGAGAUUAAUGCAGUAAAAAAAGAAAAAAAAAAGAACUUUCAGACUCUUUGCUUUUGAAUUUAAAAAACAAACAAACAAAAAAAGCAUCUUCUAACUAACACCUCACUUCUCCGGCCCGUCUUGGCUGGUUUACCUUCUUUUUUUUAAACUAAACCAACCUCUACCAGUGACGCGAACACGUCGGCAGCCCCGGUAAACCAUCACUUUGUAACUACUGAACUGAGCUGUUCUGUUGUAAACUACUGCGCUGAUGAAAUCCUCAUGUGCUGCUGCUCCCCUCGACCGCACCAGUCAACCGGAGAAGAUAUAUAUGCUACAGUCUUGAUUUUUAUAGCCCUGCAUUUCUGAAAUAUUACCAUUGGGCUGGGACUGGAGUUAUGCGGCAUGUGUGUGAACAAGCAUGCUCAUUCCACCAACAACCAUACACACGUGUGUGUGUGUGCGCUCGCGCUCGCGCACGCACGCACGCACACACGCACACACACACACUAUUCAGCCACUCCAGGUGGUUAAAAUUUGAAGCAUUGCUUAUGCGUUGCAAAGCUUGCACUCCUUAUGAAUGACGACUUUGUUCCUGCAUUCGAUCGACCCGCUCACUACUUCCACACGCGUGAUGCAACGAGCUCGAUCCGAGGAGCGAUGCCGUCUGAAUUGUAUGAGGGAGAUCAUCUGUGGCUGUCUUUAUGCAUCACAAAGGGAGUCAAGCUUCAGCAUGCUUAAUGUUAAUUCUGGUCUUAUGAGCAAAGUGAUUAUAGGGAGAUCCUUUUUUUUUGUUAUCCAACACUUCAUGCACUCAUCAGGUCCAUCAUAGAGGCUUUAGUCUGAGGCAGAUCUUUUAUCACCGUAGAAAAGGAAAAAGGGGGACGUGUGACGACAUGUGGAGACCAGAGUAGCUUCUGAUUGGCUUUCACAACCCUUCCUUCCUUCCUUCUCUCUGCAUUUUCCUCUCAGUUGGACAGUUGUGGUUUUUGAGAAGUCUGAUUUAUGAACUUGUACUCAGAAAAAAAACUCAUGUUUUAGGGAUAUUGGAAGAACACUACUGUAAUUUGAUGUCUGCCCAGUCAAAAAAGGAAGUUAUUUUUUGGGGUUGGACAGAAAAGACUUCCAAUUCAUGUAGAUUCUGAGAACAUUAAGCAGAAGAAAGCUGGGAAACUUCAUCAGGAGCUGGAGGAUUUAUGUGUGCAAGAUGUGUGUGUGUGUGUGUGUGUGACGGCUGCCAGUGACAAACAAGUGAAUGGAAAAAACGGAUGGACGGACGGAUGGCUGUUGGCGAUGGUGGAACAAACCAUGAGAGGUUUCCACACGACAUGUUCCGACAGUCCCACCUGCUUCCUAUUAAUUGCAUUGAACAAACAGAAAGCACCAGUAGUGUGUAGGCUGUCCUCUCUCUGUGUGACGUAGCUUAGCAUUCGUGUCCUCCUCCCACCUGGGACUACCUCCCCGUGUUCAGUCCCCCUCCACUUCUCCCGCUAUAUCCAAAGUUUUGUACAAAUGUUUUAAAGUGAAUAAUUCCCUUUUUAUUUUAUAAUCGUAAAUGUUAUGUUUUUAUAAAUAUUAUUUAUUAUACGAUGUAUAUAUCUGUAUGACUGAACUAAGAUUAUAUAUUUGAAGAACAAAACUGUCUCGUGCUUUUUGCUUUGUAGCCAGAGGUUCACACUUCUCCACCGAACGGAUGUUCAAGACUGUGAGACAAAGUUCUACAUGCUUAAUAAAUAGUACGGUUACAUAUCUCAUCUUUAGAUACCUUACUCUCUUCUACAGUUGCAUGCAUUUUAAAAUGAGGCAUUUAAAAAACGAAUUCAAUCAAAAUAACCAACAGUGACAUAUCUUCAUCCUCUGUUGUCCAAAACCUAUUAAAACUAUUUUUUUAUUACCAUGAACACACACGAUUCAUCUUCAGUCACACAUAUUGUUGUCCUGCAGCUCGAAAUACUCACUACAGCGCCAAAUGUGGAUUAAUCCGCCGCUGAAAAUAGUCCCCAAACAAUUCACUAUUUCCUCCUGUUUGAGUAACGUUUGUUAAAAAGUACGGCGAGAAGAUGUUGAAGGAUGAAAUUAAACUUUUUACUUAUAUUGUAAGACAAACAAACGCAUUGUUGGUUGUGGUCUUUUUCUGGCAUUUGUUGAUAAGAAAAAUAUAGAAUAGUCAUAAAUAUGGAUUCUUA